AUGGCGGGAAACAGUUCGUAUGACGGUGCUGCAGCGGGUCUGGUUCCGGAUGACGUCACAGCGGGUCUGGUCCACCCCCACUGGCUGAAAUAUCCCCCAGUGUCGGCAGAAUUCACCCUGGCGGCAGGCACCGUCCUGAGCAUGUCAAUCGUGCUCUCUGUGCUGGGGAACGGAGCUAUAAUACUGAUCUUCUUAAGGUCUCCCGUGCUUAAGACUCCAGCAAACGCUCUCCUUGUCAACCUGUCCCUCUGUAACAUCAUCUCCUCAGUGGCUGUGUCUAUGGACGAGGCGACUGGUCUGGCCGGACGCUGGCAGUUUGGGAUACCAGGGUGCUUUGCCUACGCAUGCGUAGUAGGUGCGGCCUCGUUGUCGUCCAUCAACACUAUGGCUGCCGUAGCUUUGGAACGGUACCGAGUCAUUGUUCGCUCUUCACAAAUGAAAAGAAAGGGAAAAGGAUGGGUGCACAUGGUUGUGCUGUUAUCGUUAGUAUGGGUUAAUUCUAUAGUCUGGGUAAUAGCACCGAUAUUCGGAUGGGGGAAUUACGUCCUUGAGGGUCACGGCCUCUCGUGCACUUUUGAUUAUUUGACCAGAACCAAUGAAAAUCGUUCUUUCGUCAUGUGCCUGUUUUGUUUUGGGUUUUUACUCCCCCUUAUAGUCAUCCUGGUCACAAACGCCAGUAUAUUGUGCUUUGUUCGCCGCUCCCGCCUCAAUCUCGGCUCGUUAGGGAGAGCCAGCAGGAAGAGACGCAUUGCCAAGAGCAAGCUAGGGGCCGAGCUGCGCAUUGUCAAGAUGAUCAUGGUGGAAGUGGCGGUCUACUGUGCCGCGUGGGUCCCUUACGCUACUGUCAGUCUUCUCGGAGUAUUCGGAAAUGAAAGUCUCCUGACUCCGUUGACCGUCGGCAUACCGUCCAUCGCGGCCAAGGCAUCACCUCUCUUUACCCCGUUCGUCUACACCAAAUACCACGGGGCUUUCCAGAAGGAACUGAGGCGGAAAUACGUGAAGAAGCGGUCCCGGAGGAAACUACACAGCUGUAGGUUCAGCUUCUGA